AUGAAUGCCGAGGGAGAGGUGGAAAAUAUCACGGCGGCGGAUCCUGUGGCACCGAUUAACGCAAUCGGAGCCACCUUCAUCUCCAACAUGAAGGUCAUUCUGAAUGGGCAAGAGAUCUACAACUCCAACGGUCUGAACAGCUACAAGACCUAUCUCGACCUCUUGUUGACCUACCCAAAAACCUCGGUUGACAGCUACUUGUCUGCGGUUGGGUGGUAUCACACAAAGGCGCAGGACGACGUGAAUGACCCCGGCUUCCAGGCGCGUCGGGCCCUCUUUGUGGACGGAGAUGCGCAGUUUGUGACAAAAAUAUUCAGCCCCUUGUUCACACAAUCGCGCUACCUCUGCAAUCACUCCACACUAGAGUUGGAGAUUGAGCCCGCAAAGGAGCAGUAUUGUAUUGUCGCACCGAACGCUAACGACCAAAAUGCGUACAGUUUGGCAAUUAUCAGCUGCAAACUCUACACAAAAACCCUGGAUCUGACGGACGGCGUAGGAGUGGGCUGGAACGCCGCCCUUCUCAAGCAGCCGGCCUUAUACCCGAUUCGUCAGGCAGAAAUGAAGCAUUUCUUUGUCUCUCCUACACAGACUGAAUACGUUGCCACACUGUUCACGGAGCAAAUUCCGCGGCGUAUAACCAUGGGACUCAUCCGGAACGCCUCGUUCAGCCCAGCAUCCCGGAAUUCUCCAUUUAAAUUUGUGCAUGGAAAUGUUAGAAGUAUUACAGUGUCCGCAAAUGGCCAAAACUACCCUAGCGCAGGGUAUCAGAUGAAUUUUGCGGAAAAUCAAUAUAUUCGCGCCUUCCACGACCUUCACGAGAAUGUUGGAUACGCAUUUGCGAACGAAAGCAUGUCCAUCGACAGAAACAUGUUCAAGAAUGGCAACGCCUUGUACGUCUUCAAUUUGACCACAGACCAAGAGGAUGGAAAUUCGUUUGAUUUGAUUCGUCGUGGUGUAGUGACUGUAAAGAUCCAAUUCACCGAAGCCGUGCCGGCCGGAGGAUAUGUCCUGAUCGUUGCGGCCGACCACGACCGUGUUCUGAUGGUUGAUUCUUCACGUUCGGUGAAUACCGACCUUACCCCUUGA